AUGUACCCAUCAGUCGCGCCGUUCCACCCGGUUCAACCACACCACCGCACACAUGAUCCUAACCAGAUGUACGAUGCGAACGACCCCGUCCGAAAUGACUUCAAACCUUUCUUGAAUCCCAUGCCUCGAUCCCGCCUGCAACUACCUCACCCCGUUCAACGAUUCAAUCCUCGCGAUGCGUCCGGCUCCAGCUCCAGCGCGAACGUGGAACACACCCUCAGAAGGAAGACUCCCAACGGAACCCUCGCUGCGGGGUACGAUGGAACACCCAUCGAUACCAAUCAGCUUCCAGCGUCCAAACAUAUUCUGGUUUCGCCGGAAUCGGGUCAGUUCAUCCCUCACCCGGCCAUGCAAUCGGAGAACUGGCAGCACAUGUCGGAUCAGACCGCCUCGAAUUUCCCCCCGGUCUUCAAAAACGAGUUUACUGGCAAUGCUAUUCCCAGCGAGGUGGUGCAAGAUGCGAAUGGGACAAGCUGGGUUCGGCCUGUGAACUACCCCCCGGGUGUUGACUCGAUGUUGAACCAAAGCUUGCCCCUACAGGCAAACCAGCGUAUGGUCUUACACAAUGGGGCCUAUGUGCCAACAGUUCUGCCUGCGACCCUGCAGUCAUGUCUUGGCCCCACUGCUUCGGCUGGAACUGGGCCCUUUGGUCCAUACUGGCCAGAUGGUGUGUAUAUCCCAUAUCGCCCGGCUGCAUUUCGCGAUGCCCGAUUUGAAUCUCCGACACCCUUCACCAAACAGCUGAACGCCCCCGGCCAGCCCCAUUAUGACUUGAACCAGCCCGUUUUCAAUCAACCUCAAAUUCCUCUAGGGAGCCAUGCCGACUCGGGGUUUCCAUGGGGUCACUCCAUGUCUGGUUUGCCCGCUCAAGAUCCCUCAAUGAAAACACAUUUCCCCCCACGACACUCCGACCAAUUACCUUUUCACGCCCGCGCCAAUCGUCCGAUACCAGCCCUUCCACCCCAACCUCUUAAUAAUGACCCUGCGUGGUCUAAUCGGCAAUCCGUACAUGGAUUCCAACAACCAGGACCUGCAAUCGCAGCCAAUGCUGAAUUCAAGGAGAAAGUACUAACGUGGGCCCACGGUGUCUAUGUCGACCUACUUGCAACAAUCCACCAGGCCCGCCGCAACAGCAUCUCGAAUGGUACUGCGGAUGGUAACUCUCGCUUGAUGAAACCUAGCAUUUACCCUAAGCCACCAAGGCAGCCGGGUCUUGACUUCUCACAAACGCAUCCCCCCGACCUCACUCGUCAUAAUAGCUAUCCAUCCAGUCAAUAUGAUAUGCAACGACAAAAGCUUAGUGGCAUGGGCAGCCAGAGACCCAAUGACCCCGCACAUGCCAUGCCUCUUCGCGUUCAUGCUCGUCGCCCAUCUCUGAGUCAAUUCGCUCAGAACAGGUCCGAUACCCAUAUGAUCGGACUUCGCGAUACCGGCCUUCCAGGCGUAUCAUCAUUCCCGCGGGCUCGUGGAUCCAUGCUUAACGAGGGCUCACCCAUGUCGAAUGCUGCUACAGCCUUGGAUAUGCUUUCCCAUCUAUGCGGGGAAAGUCACUGGGAGUGGAUCGAUGGAAUGCUCCUCGGAGGCUGUUUGGCCUAUGGCCUGGGCGAUUACCAUAAAGCCACGCGGUGGUACUCUCGGAUUAUCGCCCGUGACUCAACACACGUGGAAGCUAUUUCAAAUCUUGCUGCCACUCUCCUAGCACUCGACCGCCGAGAAGAAGCCCUACAGAACUGGCUACGAGCAGUAAAGCUGCGCCCAAGUUUCUUUGAAGCCGUCGAGCAUUUGAUCGGUUUGCUGUGCAACAGCCACCGAGGAAAAGAAGCCGUCAACAUAAUCGAGUUUGUUCAAAACUCCCUCCGAUACCCCAAGGAUGGCGAUUGUUUCAAGACCGACGAACAUGCCAGCGAGCCUGAAAGCGAUGCUGAGAGCAAUCACUCCGAUGUCAACAUGUACGAUAAGGCAUCUUUCGAGUAUGAUGAUGAUAUGGGUAGACCUCAACUGGAGCCCAGGUCACCAGAAGCAAAGCCCAUUGGCUUCGCAACCAGUGGAUACGCAAUCGCAGGUGCAGACAACGGAAGGAUGCUAGCUCUGGUCCAUGCCAAGGGGAACAUGCUGUAUGCUCUUGGAGAGAAUGCGGCCGCAGCGGUGGCGUUUGAAGAUGCUGUUCUCAUCGCAGCUGGGCGAAGGCGCCAUGGCAUUCAAAGUAUCAUCAAACAGAUCUUCAUUGCGUUCUCCGGGCCGAACAAUGGCAUUCCCCAGCCGGAGCCUGACUCCAAGGAAAGCAUCUUGCUGUAUCCCGACAGAGCAUUGAAGACCGCCAAGCUCGUAUUCCCUUGCGGAGGCAUGCCCCCAGGAAUUCAAUAUGUUGCCGAGGGCAUGGCUCGCAAUGCGGCGAUUUCAACGACCAGUAACUCUCUCCUCUCCCUAGCCAAGAUCUACCAGGAUGGCAUGUCUAGUGUGUCUUCGUCGGGAGCGCCUAGGUCCUCACGUGGCGUCCGAGAUAUUCUGGCUCUCUAUUACCUUUCUCUCUCUCUUCAACCCAGUCCAUCAACCGCAAACAAUGUCGGUAUCCUGCUGGCUGGAAUUCAAAACAACCCGCCAGCUCGAGGCCUUGUGCGCCCGAACGGCGAGGUCCAGCACCCAGAAAUCCCAGGUGUAAUGCCUGGAAGUGGAAUAUCCCUGGCUCUGGCCUAUUACAACUAUGGAUUACAGCUAGACUCACGACAUGCCCAUCUUUAUACCAACCUGGGUAGCUUGCUCAAGGACAUCGGCCAGCUCCAUGCUGCAAUCAAGAUGUAUGAGCAAGCAGUACAGUGUGAUGGUAACUUUGACAUUGCCCUAGCAAACCUGGCCAAUGCUGUCAAAGAUGCAGGCAAGGUCAACGAUGCCAUCACGUACUACAGGCGUGCCGUCAAGGUCAACCCUGAUUUCGCCGAGGCAGUUUGCGGACUAGCAAACGCCUUAAACUCCGUCUGCAACUGGGUUGGCCGUGGUGGCAUCGCCAAUGCCCGUGGUUUCCGUGACAGAUGGCAUAUUGAUGAGAAAGGGAUGCUUCGAGACUCCAUUGGGAUUGACGUCGGAUCUGGAUGGAUUCAGCGGGUCGUUGAUAUCGUCGAACGUCAGCUCAAAGAAGGCGAAUAUUGGGGCCGAGGCAUGUUGACCGCCAGUACGGCAGAGCAGCUGUCCAUGCAGUUGGCCCCAGCGCUGGAGUCCACUCGUUUCGCGUCUAACUCUCGAAUGUCUCUGGCAAAGAUAUUCCAGUCUUGGGCAGGGCAAAAGUGGGAAGGAUCCCGAAUCGUGCGUCUUGUCGAGCGUGCAAUCCGGUCACUUACUUGGCAAUGGUAUCAGGAUCGUUAUGUCUACGGCAAAGACUAUCCUGCUUCAAAGUACCGCCGGCCUCAAUUGCCCGGGGCUCUCUCUGCUCCCAAUGCACCCACUGUUUUGCCUUUUCAUACCUUCACUUGUCCGUUGUCAGCGAAGCAGAUCCGCCAGAUCUCUCAACGCAACGGCUUACGGAUAUCAACUUCGACCCUUCGACUGCCCUGGCUUCCACAGACAGUCUUUCCUCCGCCGGCGCCACCUGCUCCAUACCUUCGUGUGGGUUACGUAUCCUCGGACUUCAACAAUCACCCUCUUGCGCACUUGAUGCAAUCAGUCUUUGGACUUCACAACCCUUCGCGGGUUAAAUCGUAUUGCUAUGCCACGACAGCAAGUGACAAAUCUGUGCACCGCCAACAGAUUGAGAAAGAGGCCCCAGUUUUCCACGACGCGAGCGCAUGGCCGGUCGAUCGGCUAGUCCAGCAGAUCGUCGAGGACGGAGUCCAUAUCCUGGUCAAUCUGAAUGGCUACACCAGGGGAGCUCGAAACGAAGUCUUUGCCGCUCGCCCAGCGCCCAUUCACAUGUCGUUCAUGGGAUUUGCUGGUACCCUCGGCGCUGAAUGGUGCGACUACAUCCUUGCCGACCAGCUAUCAAUUCCCCCAGAAACACUCAGCCCAGGAAGGCGUACCACACGGAUUGAGGAUCGGCCCAUGGAGGAAGAUCAUGGAGAGGACCUUGAAGACUGGGUCUACGGAGAGAAAAUUGUCUUCACCCGUGAUACUUUCUUCUGUUGCGAUCACCGACAGAGUGCCCCAGAUGCGGGCGAGAAGCACGUCACAUGGGAAGAGGAGCAGUCUCGGCGCUGGAGAAUGCGCAAAGAACUAUUUCCCAACCUGGCUGAUGACACCAUUAUUCUGGGUAAUUUCAAUCAGCUGUACAAGAUUGAACCCACGACGUUCCGAACAUGGCUGCGGAUCUUAUCACGGACCCCCAAAGCUAUACUAUGGCUCCUUCGCUUCCCGGACCUAGGUGAACAAAGCCUCCGUGACACUGCCAAAGCUUGGGCCGGAGAAGAGACAGCAUCACGAAUUAUCUUCACAGAUGUCGCACCAAAAAAUACCCACAUCGCGCGAGCAAAGAUUCUAGACUUAUUUCUCGACACACCUGAAUGCAAUGCCCACACGACAGCGACAGAUGUUUUGUGGAGCGGAACACCACUCCUCACCCUUCCACGAUACAAGUACAAGAUGUGCUCCCGAAUGGCAAGCAGCAUUCUCAGCAGCGCAUUACCAAACUCUGAUGCGGGCCAACACGCCCGUGAAGAACUCAUCGCAUCCUCGGACAAGGACUACGAAACGAAAGCAAUCAAUCUCUGCUUCGAUCUACAACAUUCCUCCACUGGCCAUGGUCGUGGACGACUCAUGGAAAUCCGACAGAUGCUGUUCCGCAACAGAUACCGGAAUAAACUCUUUGACACGGCGCGAUGGGUGCGGGAUUUAGAAGAUGCUUACGAUGCUGUUUGGGCACAGUGGGUCAAAGGCGAAGAAGGCGAUGUCUGGUUAUGA